AUGACUUCGUUAAAGUUACCACAAUUUAAAGGUUCGACCGUGGAGGUCUCAAUACUUCAUGCGGGGCAAACCACGGUGCCCACAGCCUACGUCUUCGAAACCCCAAUCCCAGGGCAUGACUUGCUUGAUAUUCCUUGUUACAGCUUCCUAAUAGAGAACAAGAAGAAGAGUCAAAGGGUCCUUUUCGAUCUUGGGAUUAGAAAGGAUUGGAGGGAGAAGCUACCCCCCACUAUCUUGGACCAAAUAAAAUCUGCCAAAGCAGUGGUGGAGAUUGAGCAUGAUGUUGCGGAUCAACUUCGCAAGGCCAACAUCCCUUUGCACUCAAUCAACAGUAUCAUCUGGUCCCAUCACCAUAUGGACCAUACUGGGGAUCCUUCCAUAUUUCCUCCGUCCACGGAACUACUCGUCGGCCCUGGAUUCCAGCUCGACAAAGCGACUACCCCAGGUUAUCCUGAUAAUAUGGAUGCUGUCGUCACUAAUGAUGCCUUCAUUGGACGCAACUUGGUGGAAGUGGAUUUUAGUGGUGCCAUAGACCUCGGGGGCUUUCCAGCCGUCGACUUUUUCCAAGAUGGCAGCCUGUACCUGCUGAGGUCGAACGGACAUACCCAUAACCACAUCAGCGCACUGGCUCGAACCUCAGAGAACCAUUUUAUCCUCCUUGCUGGCGAUGUCGCUCAUCAUCCGGGAGAAUACCGCCCAUCAGACCACCUCCCACUUCCCACAGAGAUCACACCAUCGCCGCUUGACAGGGCUACUCACACGGUACCCGCCUGUCCCUCGUCCAUCUUCGAAGCUAUCUCCCCUGCGAGACUCAAAAGCAAGAAUGUCAAAAGCACUCCGUUCUAUGAGUUGAACGCCGCAAUGAAUGAAGAUUUAGAGAACGCCAAGGUCUCGCUUGAGAGGAUGAUUCCCUUCGACGGCUCAGAGAACGUCUUCGUAAUCAUCGCGCAUGAUGCCAGUCUUCUGGAUGUCUUACCUUUCUUCCCCGAAAGUCUCACGGACUGGGAAGUGAAGGGGUACAAGGUCGCCGGGACUUGGCAAUUCUUGAAAGACUUUAAUGCAGCAAUCGGACAAUUUGCAUAG